AUGUAUAUGCGUUCAGCCAUUAAAUAUCGCGCGAUAAUUGAAAUGUCGGAGGGUAUUCAAACCGCAUUGUAUCAUGGAACAACUCAUGCAGUCAUCCAGCAGUACUGCUGUCCCAAUCAAUACAAAAUAUCUUUCAACUACCUUCACUGUGACGUACUCCAGUAUUAUGUCGCAACCGAAAUGGAAAUAUUUGGAUGUGCAAUAGAACUGCAUGUCCCCACAAAUGCUCUCGGAGGUGUUCCGAAACCAUCGCAACUUCAAAUGGGCACUGACGUGUAUGCUUUCCCAUCAGCACAUAAAAUAGAUGCCGAAUCCUCAGAAGAAAACGGUUUUGAAAUAAACUUUUCCUUGUCGAGCAAACCGCCACCAAAUUCAGAAGAUUUGCUGCAAUUUUGCAAGCAUCCCGGGUGUUGGGGUUCCCGAUACGGAACUUUGAGUGACGCGGUAAGCAAAUGUGUACAACAAACCUCAAUUGUUCCCCUUCUUAGCGUCAACAAGUUCACAGGUCUGUCACUGACCGGCACGGUGCAGUGUCAACGUCCGUACACCAAACAACAGCGAGCGGAAUGA